AUGAUCUGCGACACAGACAUAAAUAUCUUUAAGAUUCCCCGUCCUUGCCUACUGCUGCUGCUGGCGGCGUGCUUAGUUCACAGCUCCUACGGGCAUGCACGCACGUUCACACGUUGCCAGCUCUCCCGUGAGCUACUCCGGUACAACUUUCCAAGGAGCUUAAUAGCGCAGUGGGUAUGCGUGAUCGAGCAUGCAAGCGGACGCACGACUGAAAAAGUGACCAAUCACAACAACGCCUACAUUAGCUAUGGACUGUUUCAAAUCAACAACAAAGACUGGUGCAAGAAGGGCCGCAAAGGAGGGCACUGCAACAUGAAGUGUGAAGAUCUCCUGAACGAGGACCUAGCGGACGACGUGCGGUGCGCCAAGCGCAUCUACGACCGCGUGGGCUUCAAAGCGUGGCCCACCUCCUACGCCUACUGCAAGGAAAAGAGCCUGCCCGAUCUGUCGCGUUGCUAACUCUACAUACUCCAGCUACUUCGCAUUUCAAUCGACCUGUAAUUAGCUUCAUGGAACGCGAAGUAGCAAACGUUAGGCUGUAGGGGGAGGUUUGAGACGACGUGCGUUGCGCCAAGCGCAUCUACGACCGCGUGGGCUUCAAAGCGUGGCCCACCUCCUACGCCUACUGCAAGGAGAAG